AUGGAAUUCACCGCUUCAACAGCAGAGCCAGUGGCGAGUGAGCAUCCUAUCCAGAUAGUUGAGCAUUCAGAGGUGCAGCCAGCGCCGCUUGCUGAAGAAGAGCAAUCGGUAUCGAUCGAGCCCCGAAAAUCGAUCAAGAAAGUUGUGCCCCUCGAUGAUGAUGAGCCCCUAAUCGAUACCACGGAAGCCAUACCGUUGAAAAGCAAGAAGACCGAGCGAAUGCAAAAACGUAUGCAAAAGAAGCUCCGAAAGACCAAGGCGACUUCCGACGUGAAGAACUUCCUCGAGCUGCCAUCCGAGUUGCUCCAAGCAGUACUGGGAUAUCUUCAGCCUGGUGACAUAUUUGGUCUUCUGCUACUGAACAAGUCAACACGACAAUAUAUAAUGAACAACCAAAGUUCGAUUGCUCGGGAUGUCUUGAACUUACGUUACUGGUCACUGUCAAGGGCAUUCCAUAAGCCACUCCCACUGCAUGAUAUCGACCCUGUUGGCCAGGCCUCGCUCCUCAACGAGCGGUAUCAGGAGAAGCUGGUGAUACACUCGAAGUACCAGCAUAUCCCCAAGUUCGACGAGCACAAGAUAUGUACCUGCGUAACGUGCGUGCAGGCAUGGAACAAUCUUUGCGUCAUAAUGGAUCUGCACAACUUCCAAGACCACCUAGACCGGAGAGAAGCCAUACCCAUGAUCCUACGAGGAAGGUUUCCAGAGUGGAACACUAAAUUGCUACAAAGCCACGCCCACGCUGUCGAGAAGGCUGUCGAAAGCCCUCUUGCGUAUGCCAGGAUCAUGCAGUUUCAUCUUGACACCAUCGUUCGGACUUUGAACCGGCCCAUCCACAUCGGGAAGAAGACGAUAGAGCAGAAAAAGAAGCUUUAUCAUCUGACAGCAUCAGAUACCGCAUCUGGCACCGAUAAAUUCUUGGAGCGAAGUGGCCGGCCGACAUACCAAAUCCCCUUCCAUAGGGACAACUAUUACUCGCUUGAUGCAUACGUGCCGAAUAGAAAGUGGUCAAAGGAGCAGGAGAAGUGGCAGUAUUGGCAGACUCACGAUAUCGAUCUAGAGAGGACCGUGAGGUGGUUCAAGCCCGCGGAUUUUGGGAUUCAGCCUCCUCCUACCGCGAAGUGA